AUGCUUUUCCGCUAUGGGUUGAACAUUUUCAAAUACAAAACUAUUGUGAGAAGUGGUAAGUUAAGUCAUUUCGUGAAUGGGCACGAUGAAAGCCAAAGCAACUGGAUGCGAUUUGUAAAUUGCUCUCGCUGCGAGGACGAGCAGAAUAUGGUGGCUUUUCAGUUUAGAGGCGAGAUCUACUACCGUACGUACAAAUCAAUCAAUCCAGGUGAAGAACUGUUGGUAUGGUAUGGAGAAAGCUACGCCAGAGACCUGGGUAUAUCACUUGUUGAUGAUCAGGAUCGAAGCAGUACAAAAAGUGUUAUCGACUCAUGUGAUGGUUGUGGAAAGAUGUUUACUUCCAUAAACUUUCUUCUCAGACACAAGAAACAUUACUGUUCAAUAAGAACUGAGACAAGAAUCUGGCAAUGUAAUAUUUGUGAGAAGAAAUUUACUUCAUUGGAUCAUUUUAACAGACAUAUCAGUUUUCACGUUAAUGAGCAGCAAAAUCCGUCCAAAAAGUCGUUCCCUAAAAACAAGUACCUUUGGACCGACAAGGGUAAAAGUUCACACAAGCGUUCACAAAGUGACAAGUCGUUAAACCAUUCUAGCGCUCUGACAAUGCACCACCAUACUCAGAGAGGUGAAAAGCUACACAAGUGUACACAAUGUGGCGAGUCGUUUCAACAAUCUGGUCACCUGACCAAGCACCUCUGCACUCACACAGGUGAGAAGCAAUAUCAGUGUACACAAUGUUGCAAGUCCUUUAGCAACUCGUGUGACCUGACCAAGCACCUCCGCACUCACACAGGUGAAAAGCCAUAUCAGUGUACACAAUGUUGCAAGUCGUUUAGCAACUCGAGUGACCUGACCAAGCACCUCCGCACUCACACAGGUGAAAAGCCAUAUCAGUGUGCGUCAUAGGGCAAGUCGUUUAAACGAUCUGGUCACCUGACCAUUCACCUCCACACUCACACAGGUGAAAAGCCUUAGCAAUGUACACAAUGUGACAAGUUGUUCAGGCACUCGAGUGGCCUGACCAAGCACCUCCAUACUCACACAGGGCAAAAGCCAUACCAGUGUACACAAUAUUGUGGCAAGUCGUUUAACCGCUCUAGUAGCCUUACCGUGCACCCCCGUACUCACACAGGUUAAAAGCCGUAUCAGUGUGCACAAUGUAACAAAUCGUUUUAACAGUCUUGUCACCUGACUAUGCACUUCCGUACUCACGCAGGUGAAAAGCCCUUUCCGUGUACACCAUAGGGCAAGUCGUUUAACCAGUCUUGUCACGUUACUAAGCAUCUCCGUGCUUACGCAGGGGAAAAGCUAUAUCAGUAUACACCAUAGGGCAAGUCGUUUAACCAGUCUUGUCACGUUACCAAACAUCUCCGUACUCAUCACACAGUUUAG